UUAUAAAAGCAAGAUUUAAGCAAAGUUUCAAUUUUUUCUUUGAACCUUUUCAGGCAUCAGUUGGUUUUUCUUUGAACACAGUUCCUCAAAAAUCCCAAACACAGAAUCAAUCGUACGAAUGAGGGAAGAGGUAAUCAGCUCAGCUGGAACUGUUGAUCCAACUCCGGCCGCCAGCUCUGCUGGAGCCUCAUCACCUGCUGUUCCAACAAACAUUGGAAGUGUUGAUGGGUCAAUUCGUGGACUUGGUUCAAAAGCUGCGUCUUUAUCUUAUGUUGGUUCACAACCACCUCAGCCUUCCUUGAGCACUGGUGUUGGUGGUUCUGCUUUUGGCAUGUCGAGAUACUCUUGUAGACCAUGGGAAAGGGGAGAUUUAUUAAGGCGUUUGGCUACCUUUAAGCCUGGAAAUUGGUUUGGAAAACCUAAGGUAGUCAAUUCACUUGCAUGUGCACAGAGAGGAUGGAUGAAUGUCGAUGUUGAUAAAAUUGAAUGUGAAUCUUGUGGUGCCAGUUUGAGCUUUGAAUUACUACAGUCGUGGACUUCUGCCGAAGUUCAACUUGCUGAGUUUACAAAGCAGCUGGAUUCUGGGCACAAAGUCUCUUGUCCUUGGAGAGGAAAUAGCUGCCCUGAAAGUUUGGUGCAGUUCCCUCCAACGCCCCAGUCCGCUUUAGUCGGAGGAUUUAAGGAUAGAUGUGAUGGGCUUCUGCAGUUUCAAUCUUUGCCUUCUAUAGCUGCUUCUGCAAUUGAACAAAUGCGUAUUUGUCGAAGUGCACAACUUGAUCGCCUUUUGGCACAAUCCCUCAAUUUCACCAUGGGCGAGGUAGAUGUAAAACCAGAGGGUACACGUGAACUUCUUGACAGCUCUCAAGAUGGAGCAUUCUAUUUGUAUUCUCAAGCUCAGAAAAUUAUUAGCCUUUGUGGAUGGGAACCAAGAUGGCAUUUAGAUGUUCAAGACUGUGAAGAGCAUUCUGCGCAAUCAGCUCGAAAUGGAUGUUCUUUUGGUCCAACUGAGGCUCAGUUGCAUCUUUCUUAUGAUGCUGCUCGAAGCAAGAAAGCACUCUCUACUUCCAUAAAAAAAGACACUGGAAAGGGUAAAUUGCUGGUUAAGGACUCUAGAAGUGAAUUGAGGUCACCCAUACUAGAUUGUAGCAUAUGUGGUGCUACAGUUAGGAUAUUGGACUUUCUAACAAUUUCUCGACCGUCUCAUUUUGCACCUAACAACAUUGACAUUCCUUCUACAAGUAAGAAAAUGGGACUGACACGUGGAGUAAGUGCAGCUAGUGGAAUUAAUGGAUGGGUGACUGCUGAUGAUGCCGAUAAAGAACGUAUUGAAGACCGUGAUGAAGUAGCAACAACGAAUGAGGCAAGCUUAUUGCCAAACACGGAUGUCGAUUUGAAUCUGACAAUGGCAGGGGGCUUAAAUGUUUCUCAAUCAGAAAAGAAUACAACCACUGAACAUAUUCCCAAUGGGGAUCUGGGAAGGGAUCUAAUGAUUGGGCAACCUUCAGGCAGCGAGGUUGGUGAUCGUGCUGCUUCGUAUGAAUCAAGAGGUCCUAGCUCUCGCAAACGCAGCUUGGAUAAAGAUGGGAGUUCAAAUGACAGGGCACUAGUUAGGAUGCAUCAAGCCGAUAGUGUUGAAGGAACUGUUAUAGAUGAUGAAGUAACAGAUGAUAGACAAUAUUCAGCUGGACCUUCAAAACGUAUUCGUGAUUCUGAAUUUUUUGAUACUUUCUGUUCAUAUCAACGAGAUUCAGCAGGCGCUGGUCCAAGUCAUUCCAUGGGUUUAGACCUUUGCAUGGAUGGGGAAAAAUUAAAUUCAUUUCAGCAAGGAGGUGAUCAAUAUACCGGAAUUCAAUCAGCUAGGGAUUCAACCCGUGCGUCAUCUGUUAUUGCGAUGGACACAGUGUGCCAUAGUGCUGAUGAGGACUCUAUGGAAAGCGUUGAAAAUUAUCCUGGUGAUGUUGAUGAUGUUCAUUUCCCCUCUUCGAGUACACAUGGGAAUUUAGACAAUAAUGAAACAUCAGAAUUGAUUUUUAGCAAUCAAGCUCAGCAGAGCAUUUUUCUUCGACCGGCUUCUGAAGUUCCUGGCGAAAUGGGUGUCAGUAGUACAAACGAUGGUGAAGAAAUAUUCAAUGCUGAUACUGUCACUACUCAGGCUAGGGAUGUGUUUAGUUUUGGAAUAAGUGGUGGAAGCGUUGGAAUGUGCGCUAGUCAUGAGGCUGAAAUUCAUGGGGCUGAUGCAUCGGUUCAUAGGACAGAUAGUGUUGUUGGUGAUGUUGAACCCAGAAUAGAGGACGCCGAGAAUCAGGGACAAACUGGUGAAUCUGCCCCUGAUCCUGGGCUAAUGGAUGAGAUUGUUCCUGAGGACAUCAUCAGGGAAGAUCCUCAUGGUGAUAGCCAAGAGAUGUUUUCUCGGCCUGUAGAAAGAGCUGAUAGUGGAUCAAAAAUUGAUGGCUCUGCUAAAGAUGAUUCUGUUGAAAGUGGUGGAAAGACAAGUCAAAGUUGCAAGACAGUCCUAGUGAAUAGCAGUCACAAUGCUGAUACACGGCCUACUCAUGGCCAAAAUAAGAUUGAGGAUCCAAAUUCGGCGCCACAAAAAGGGGAAAGCAAUUAUGAAAUAGAGUUUGAUCCGAUAGUCCAUCACAAUCAAUUUUGCCCUUGGGUAAAUGGAAAUGUUGCUGCUGCUGGCAGUACGAGUAGUAGCUCCAAUGCAGAUGUAGUUGCUCUCAGUGGCUGGCAGCUGACGUUAGAUGCACUCGAUGCUCUGCAAUCCCUUGGGCGUACUGGAGUUCAGACAUUGCAAUCUGAGUCAGCAGCAUCUCUUUACAAGGAUGAUCAUCAUGGUAAAAAACUGCUGCGACAACACUCAGCAAGCAGAAGCCAAGGAAACCUUGAGACAUGAGCUUCCAAAUUGAAAGUAUUCACAAACCCGAAUUUGUCAUCUCCCGACUCUAUGAAAUAUCUGCUGAGUAUUAUAUUUCUUCUUGUCAGCACUCUGCUAGUUUUGCUGCUGAUGGAUGGGCCUCAAGUUUCAAGAACAAGAAAACCAGGCAAUUGUGGCCAUGAUUCUGAGUUUGAUCUCCAUCAUUUCUUUUUCCAGUCCUAAGUAAUAAUUUCUCAGCACCUGUUUGGUGCAAGUAUUAGUAACACUACUCAAAAGAUGGUUAUGCUUGUGUUCCAUUUGGAGAAUACUAGAGUAACUCUCUCUCUCUCUCUAAAAAUCUCUGUUUCUACACAAUUAUUGGUUUUGCAGUUUUUUUUCUUUUAGUAUUAGCAUCUCUCUGUUUAUGUCGACUGAUGUAACUGUAAACACUUUUCACUGUAAGGUCAUUGUCCAAAGUCAUGGAUUUCUUUUUCAAAUAUCAGUUUAUAACUUACUGGAAA